CUCAUAUAAAGUCUGAAAACUUUAGAGUCUGUGGCUGGGGAAUUCAUGUGGAGGUCAGAGUGGAAGCAGGUGUGAGUGGGUCCAGCCAAAGGAGACAUGGCUGCCAAAGUGUUUGAGUCCAUUGGCAAGUUUGGUCUUGCCUUAGCCGUUGCAGGAGGCGUGGUGAACUCUGCCUUGUAUAAUGUGGAUGCUGGGCACAGAGCUGUCAUCUUUGACCGGUUCCGGGGAGUGCAGGACAUUGUCGUAGGAGAAGGGACUCACUUCCUCAUCCCUUGGGUACAGAAGCCAAUCAUAUUUGACUGCCGCUCUCGACCACGUAACGUGCCAGUAAUCACUGGUAGCAAAGAUUUACAGAAUGUCAACAUCACCCUGCGCAUCCUCUUCCGGCCGGUUGCUAGUCAGCUUCCUCGCAUCUUCACCAGCAUUGGAGAGGACUACGAUGAGCGCGUGCUGCCGUCCAUCACUACAGAGAUCCUCAAGUCCGUGGUGGCUCGCUUUGAUGCUGGAGAACUGAUCACCCAGAGAGAGCUGGUCUCCAGACAGGUGAGCGAUGACCUCACAGAGCGAGCAGCGACCUUUGGGCUCAUCUUGGAUGACGUAUCCUUGACGCAUCUGACCUUUGGGAAGGAGUUCACAGAAGCGGUGGAAGCAAAACAGGUGGCUCAGCAGGAAGCAGAGAGGGCCAGAUUUGUGGUGGAAAAGGCUGAGCAGCAGAAGAAGGCAGCCAUCAUCUCUGCGGAGGGCGACUCCAAGGCGGCGGAGUUGAUCGCCAACUCACUCGCCACUGCAGGCGACGGCCUGAUCGAGCUGCGCAAGCUGGAGGCCGCGGAAGACAUCGCGUACCAGCUGUCACGCUCGCGGACCAUCACCUACCUGCCCGCCGGGCAGUCGGUGCUCCUCCAGCUGCCCCAGUGAGGCCCACGCCUCCUGGGCCAUCUGAACCACAGCCCCGAAGUUGCUCAGCACCACCUUCCUUCUCCUGCCCCAGAAAUCACUGUGAAACUUCAUGAUUGGCUUAAAGUGAAGGAAAUAAAAGUAAAAUCACUUCA